GAACACAUUAAUCAUGGAGGCCGAGAUUUAAACAUUACUUUAAAAAUAAAGAGAUCGAUCCUCCCAAUACUGAUCUAAUGGCAAGCCCUAUCUUUCUCCCUUUGUAUGAAAAAAUACCACGUAAAAACACUUUGCAAAGGAUCUCGGAUAUAAUUAUCUUUUUCCUUCUCAUUUCUCUCCUUACUUAUCGUCUUCUCCACCUCAAAAACCAUGGAACCACUUGGCUCCUUGCCUUCCUAUGCGAGUCAUGGUUCACUUUCACUUGGGUACUAGUCCUCAACAUAAAAUGGAACCCUGUGAUAUUCAAAACGCACCCGGACCAUCUCUUGCAAGCUGCAGGGGAAACUGAUGAGCUUCCCUCAGUGGACAUGUUUGUGACAACUGCGGACCCUGUGCUAGAACCUCCUAUCAUCACUGUAAACACAGUGCUCUCUUUGUUGGCAGUAGAUUACCCAGCCCACAAGCUUGCUUGCUAUGUCUCGGAUGAUGGCUGUUCUCCUCUUACCUACUAUUCCCUCGUCGAAGCUUCAAAGUUUGCCCAACUUUGGGUACCCUUUUGUAAGAAGUAUGAUAUUCACGUUAGAGCUCCUUUUAGAUACUUUUCCAAUGAUCCCGUUAUAACGCUCAGUGAUAGCGCAAAGGAGUUCCAACAUGAAAGGAAAAGGAUGAAGGAAGAGUAUGAGCAGCUUUGCCACAAAAUCGAGGUUGCGGUCCAAAAAUCUGUGCCACCUUGUGAUUUUACUGGGGAUUUUGCAGAAUUCUCUGGUGUAGAAUACAAAAACCAUCCAACUAUUAUCAAGGUUACGUGGGAUAACAGAGAAGGUCUCCCAGACGGGUCGCCCCAUUUGGUCUAUGUAUCUAGGGAGAAGCGGCAUAAGCAUCCACAUCAUUACAAAGCGGGUGCCAUGAAUGCUCUUACGAGAGUGUCUGCAUUGAUGACGAAUGCUCCCUACAUGCUCAACGUAGACUGUGAUAUGUUUGUGAACAAUCCAAAAGCCAUUCUUCAUGCAAUGUGCGUAUUAUUGGGUUCCAAGAGUGAAUCAGAAAUUGCAUUUGCUCAGUUCCCGCAAGUUUUCAACGAUGGAUUAAAGGAUGAUCCUUAUGGCAAUCAGAUGGUGGUUCUACAAGAAUAUAUGGCACGUGGAAUAGCAGGACUUCAGGGACCAUUUUAUGGGGGAACAGGCUGUUUCCACAGAAGGAAAAUUAUCUAUGGUUUAUCCCCAGAUAACGUGGCUUCAGUAAAUGGAAAAUUGGUUGAGGAUAUAUUUUCAAAAAUUGGGAAUUCAAAAGAGUUGACCAAAUCAGCUAUUGAUGCUUUGGAAGGGAAGACAGGUACUCCAGCGAAUCAGAGUCUUCAGAGCCAUAUUGAGGCAGCAUCCAAAGUAGCUGAUUGUGGGUAUGAAUACGGCACUAGUUGGGGUACAAAGUUCGGCUGGAUCUAUGGAUCAACAACAGAGGACAUGCAAACUGGACUAAGGAUUCAUAAAAGGGGUUGGAGGUCAGCCUAUUGUACGCCAAACCCACCUGCCUUUCUAGGUUGUGCUCCCUCAGGCGGCCCUGUUACUAUGACCCAACAAAAGAGGUGGGCUACCGGUUUGCUUGAAAUUCUAUUAAGCAAAGGUUGCCCCAUAUUUGCCUCUCUCUUUGAAAAGCUACAGUGGAGGCAGUGCUUGGCCUAUGUAUGGCUCCUUACAUGGGGCCUACGCCCAGUCUUCGAGCUAUGUUAUGCAGCCCUUCCAGCCUAUUGUAUUAUUGCCGACUCCCAUUUCUUACCAAAGGUCCAAGAACCAGCCCUAUAUGUACCAGUUGCUCUCUUUCUCACAUACAACAUAUACACAUUAUCCGAGUACUUGAGAACUGGCCAGUCAGUGCGAGCAUGGUGGAAUAACCAGAGAAUGGCAAGAGUAACCACAUUGACUGCAUGGUUAUUCGGAUUUUUUAGUGUGAUGCUCAAGCUCUUUGGAUUAUCUGAGACAGUCUUUGAAGUUACACAGAAAGAACAGUCCAUUGAUAUUGGUGGUGAUGAUGAUGAGGGUAGGUUUACCUUCAAUGAGUCACCCAUUUUUGUGCCAGGGACAACCAUUUUGCUUGUUCACUUGACUACAUUGGUAGUGAGCUUGUUAAAGUUGCAACAUCCACCAGCUGAUCAUCAUGAUAUGCAUGGAUCAGGGAUAGGGGAGACUUUCUGUAGUGGGUGGUUGGUGCUCUUCUUUUGGCCAUUUUUUAAGGGGCUAUUUCGAAAAGGAAGACAUGGAAUUCCCAAAGCCACCAUAUACAAGUCAGCCACUUUGGCAUUUCUUUUUCUUUAUUGGUGUAAAAGGACUGCAAUGACCGGUUGAAAAUUUGGUCGUCUAGUUUCGAUAAUGUUUCAUCAUAAAUUUCCUUUGGGUCAGAUCACUUACGACACCUCGCAAUAUGUCUGGGAAUUGAUUUCCAUAUAAGUCAGACAAUGUCUCUAGCAUAUGCUUGUAGUCUGAAACUAUUGAAAUAAUAUGAAAUAUUCUUAGCU